AUGUCUUUCUUCGUUUCGCCCGGCCAUGUUCUCCUCCUCUUCCUCCUCCUCCUCCUCCCUCUGCCUCCCUGUCAGGCAGAGUCCCAGCGCAGCGAGCCCAGCGUUGACCCUGAGCCCAGAGCGGUCUCGCCCUCCAUGUUCCCCUCCUCCUUCCCGCCUUCCAUGUCCUAUAGUAACAGCAACACCUCUGGCAAGAAAGAAAAGUGUGAAGAGGCGGUGGUGUGCAAGCGCGGCAUCCUGCUGCCCGUCUGGCAGCCCAACAGGCCCGGGCUCGGCGAUCAGGUGGCCAGAGCUGCGGUCUACUUUGUGUCACUCAUGUACAUGUUCCUGGGAGUGUCCAUCAUCGCCGACCGCUUCAUGGCGUCUAUAGAGGUCAUCACAUCACAGGAGAAGGAGGUGACCAUCACUAUGCCCAACGGGGAAACGUCAGUGGCGACAGUUCGAAUCUGGAAUGAAACCGUGUCCAAUCUGACGCUCAUGGCUCUGGGCUCCAGCGCUCCAGAGAUACUGCUGUCUGUGAUAGAGGUGUGUGGUCACGACUUCAAGGCUGGUGAGUUGGGACCGGGAACGAUCGUCGGCAGCGCCGCCUUCAACAUGUUUGUGAUCAUCGGCAUCUGCGUGUGGGUGAUCCCCAACGGCGAGACCCGCAAGAUCAAACACCUCAGGGUGUUCUUCAUCACCGCCUUCUGGAGCAUCUUCGCCUACAUCUGGCUCUACCUCAUCCUGUCUGUCAUGACGCCCGGCGUCGUGGAGGUGUGGGAGGCCCUGGUGACCCUGCUGUACUUCCCAGUGUGUGUCAUCCUGGCCUGGAUCGCCGACCGCCGCCUUCUCUUCUACAAGUACAUGGGCAAGCGUUACCGUGCCGACAAGCGCCACGGCAUCGUCGUGGAGACAGAGGGAGACCUGACACCCAACAAGGGCGGCAUGGAGAUGAUCAUAGACGGCAAGUUCCCACCACGAGGGGGCGCCGUGGUCCCUGCCGAAAAUUGCGGGGGAACCCAGGACGGCACAGCAGGAGCUGCGGCCAAUAACAUUGGUGUGGCAGCGGGAUCCAUGGCAACGGGAGCUGGGGGCAACCUGCCCAACUCCAACAGCAUGAUGGUCAAUGUGGAGAGCAGCAAGGAGCUGGACGAGAGCCGCAAAGAGGUGAUUCGUAUCCUGAAGGAGCUGAAGCAGAAAUAUCCCAACAAAGAGCUGGACCAGCUGGUGGAGCUGGCCAACUACUACGCACUGCUGCACCAGCAGAAGAGCAGAGCCUUCUACCGCAUACAGGCGACUCGGAUGAUGAUCGGAGCCGGUAACGUCCUGAAGAAGCACGCGGCCGACCACGCUCGCCGUACGGCCGUAACCGACGAGGAAGCCCCAGAAGAGGACGACCUGGGGAUCUGCAGCCGCAUCUCAUUUGAAAGCGCCCACAGUCAGUGCAUGGAGAACUGUGGCGUUCUGACGCUGGCUGUAGUCUGCCAAGGGGGUCUGGGAGAGAACACCUUCUAUGUGGACUACAGGACAGAGGACGGUUCAGCCAACGCUGGCUCAGAUUACGAGUACAGCGAAGGGACGCUGGUGUUCAAACCCGGAGAGACCUGCAAAGAGAUAAAGGUCGGUAUAAUCGAUGACGACAUAUUCGAAGAGGAUGAGCACUUCUUUGUGCGCCUGCUGAAUCUGCGCGUGGGUGAUGCGGAGGGGAUGUUUGAGAGCGACGAAGUGGGCGCCGUGCCCAAAGCUCGCUUGGUCGAGCCCCUGGUUGCCACGGUGACCAUCCUGGACGACGACCACGCCGGCAUCUUCACGUUCAGUGAGCGAAUGGUGCGGGUGAGCGAGAGCGUGGGCACCAUGGAGUUCACGGUGGUUCGCAACUCAGGCGCCCGCGGCACCGUCAUCCUGCCGUACCACACCGAGUCGGGCACCGCCAAGGCUGGAGAAGACUACGAGGACGCCCGGGGAGAGCUGGAGUUCACCAACGACCAGACCACUCAGACUCUCCAGGUGAGGAUAAUUGAUGAUGAAGAAUAUGAAAAACAUGAAAACUUCUUCAUUGUGUUGGAGGAACCACGCUGGCUGAAGAGAGGAAUCUCAGCUCUGCUGCUCAGCCAAGAGGGGGUAGAGGGGCAGAUGAGUCCUGAGGAGGAGGAGGCCCGGAGGAUAGCCGAGAUGGGGAAGCCCAUCCUGGGAGAGCACAGCCGCCUGGAGGUGGUCAUCGAGGAGUCAUACGAGUUCAAGAGCACGGUUGACAAACUCAUAAAGAAGACGAACUUGGCGCUGGUGAUCGGCACACACUCCUGGAGAGAGCAGUUUGUGGAGGCGGUCACUGUGAGCGCAGGUGAUGGAGACGAUGAUGAGGAAGGUCGGGAGGAGCGCCUUCCGUCUUGUUACGACUACGUCAUGCAUUUCCUCACCGUCUUCUGGAAGGUUCUGUUCGCCUGCGUCCCUCCCACAGAGUACUGGAACGGCUGGGCCUGUUUCUUUGUCUCCAUCAGCGUGAUCGGCCUCCUCACCGCCAUCAUCGGAGAUCUGGCAUCGCACUUCGGCUGCACCGUGGGGCUCCGGGACACCGUGACCGCUGUGGUGUUUGUGGCAUUGGGAACCUCUAUUCCAGACACCUUUGCUAGCAAAGUGGCCGCCAUGCAGGACCAGCACGCCGACGCAUCCGUUGGAAAUGUCACCGGUAGCAACGCUGUCAACGUGUUCUUGGGGAUCGGCGUGGCCUGGUCGGUGGCCGCCAUCUACUGGAAAAUCCAGGGGAAGGAGUUCAAGGUGGAACCGGGCUCGCUGGCCUUCUCUGUCACACUCUUCACCAUCUUCGCUUUCAUCUGCAUGGCUGUGCUCCUGUUCAGACGCCGGCCCUCCAUCGGCGGAGAACUCGGCGGCCCCAGGGUGCCCCGCCUCCUGACCAGCCUGCUGUUCCUGGGUCUGUGGCUCCUCUACAUCCUGUUCUCCAGCCUGGAGGCCUACUGCCACAUCAGCGGCUUUUAA